GGAAGGUGGGGGAAAGGCAUGCCGUUUACGAAAACGACAUAGAAUGAAAUAAAAGCGUGACCGGGGCUCGUCGAGAGAGAGGUGUCGUUCUUCGAAGCGUGCGGUAUUUCGGACGGUAUUCGAAAUUAAAUUCAACUCUCGACUCGAAAACCGAUCGAUUGCGGGCGUAUCCGUUCGUUGAUGGCACUAUGAUCGAUACCAUUCGCACGCACCGCAACGGCCCAUGGACGUAAAUUUAUCAUCUCGACGAAGCUGUGACUUCUCGCUAACGAAGUGACACGAAACAAUACGCUUCUACGAGGAGGUCUCCGAGUGUUCUCUAGUGAUUGUGAUCUCCGGGAGGGAGGAAGACAAAGGGAUGCCACGUAGCAAGCGUAGAGGACCUUCUAGCACAAAUCAUACUCCUAUUGAUAUGUCAGUGUCUGGUGCACACGAAGACAGUUUACCUAGGCAUCCUUCGAAACGAUUAAGACAUACCUCUAGUGCCAGAAGAUAUGCAAAAACUGAUGAUAUAUCCAAUGCGUCGGCGUUUUCUCAAAAACGUUGCAUUACUUGGUUUAGAGAGUAUACCUCUCCAGACGAUCCAGAUACUCUUGGACCAGAAGGAAUGGAGAAAUUUUGCGAGGAUAUCGGUGUAGAACCUGAAAACGUAGUAAUGCUCGUUCUCGCAUACAGAAUGAACGCUCGUCAAAUGGGCUUUUUCACUUUGAGCGAAUGGCUGAAAGGUUUUUCGGAACUUCAGUGCGAUUCUAUUAGUAAAGUACAACAAAAGCUCGAGUACCUAAGGAAUCAAUUAAACGAUCCACACACGUUUAAAGGGAUUUAUAGAUAUGCUUACGACUUUGCCCGAGACAAAGAUCAACGAAGUAUGGACAUGGAUACCGCAAAAGUAAUGCUACAGCUGCUUUUGGGGAAACAUUGGCCACUGUUCACACAGUUUGCUCAGUUCCUAGAUCAAUCCAAGUACAAAGUGAUCAAUAAGGAUCAAUGGUGCAACAUAUUAGAAUUUUCACGUACAAUCAAUCAUGAUUUAUCUAAUUAUGAUUUAGACGGAGCGUGGCCAGUAAUGCUCGACGAAUUUGUUGAGUGGUUAAAAAUUCAUCGAGGCGAGGCAUCGUCAUCGAUAGAAACGAGAGGCAGCUGAAAGAUCUUGUAAGAAUAGUCCAUUGAAAUAAGAACAAUUCGUUUCUUUGUCAUGAUAUUCUGUUAAUAACAAAAUUUCGGUUCAUAAAUCACAAUCUCACAACACUUAAGUUAUCAUCAUUUGUACUAAUUUUCUUUUUUUUUUUUUAAGAAGUAAUGUAUUGUAAGUAGCUUAAUAUGAUUUUCAGUAUCUUCGAUACGGACUCGGCUGAAAAUCUUCGUUUGAUAUCGCUCUCAAUUAUUUAUCACCAUUUACAAAUUAAUCCUCCAGGAUUUGUCGCAGAAAAACUUGUGAUUAAAAAUAAAACUAUUUUGAUAAGAGAGAGAGGUUUACUUGUGCAAUUUGUAAAGAUAAUUUGAGAUAUCAUAAAUUCAAGGAUAAGUAA